GCCUCUGUGCAAUCAACUAUCGUCCUUGUUCUUGCUUCCCACGCUGGUGCGCUCGCUGGAAGCCCUUUGGAGGUGCCCAGACGAAAAUUCCGAUGAAAUAGCCGAUGUCGGAUUUCCUCGUUGCGUCUUUGCAGCCAAUGUUUCGAGAGUCCUGGCCUGAUCGGUAUCUUCGAAAGGUCAAGGCUUCCUUUACUUUAGCAAGUUGUACACCCUCGCUGAAGCUCAAUGGAAUCCGGUAACGACUCCCAUUAUCACCCUGUCAGUCUCGCCACUCUGGCCUUUGAAGCUUUUGCGAGUAGGCAAACUCCGUAGACCGCAGACCGCAGACCGCAGGCUGUAGACCUAAUCGGCGUCCUUUCCCGACGAGCUGAGCCUGGAGAACAUGAAUGAGCAUCAGACUUCCAUGACCGGAAAGCAACCAAAAUGCCGGUGUGAGACCUGUGCGAAGAAGAUCUCACUGAAAACAUCAAGCGUUUGUCAUCCUCCUACCUGCAACAGCCACAGCCAAGGCGUUUGUCGAUGUGUUUGCCAACUGCAGGGAGUCGUAAGAAUGCUGACCGUUUUCAGAUCGCGUGGUCAUUUUCGACCGGGCAUCACAGCAGGCUGCAUAGGAUGUUCUAGAGUUCAGAGGCUUUGGUCUUCAACACCGUCCGCGUGCAUCAACCUCGGCGCCGGGAUGGCAGCGCGUCCGUACGAUAUCACGCAAGUGGUUAUCGCAACCAGAACCCUGUUCUGACCUCCACCGGUUCAAAUAUUGUCGUCCAUUGUCGUUGAUUUGCAGAGAGAAUGAGGCGGACAAGAUGUUGCCUUGAAGCCACCUCCCUCUUCGCUCUCGUCCUUGCCGUCACGAUUGGUCGGCUCCAGGGCAGACACGUGACAUACCUAGGUGUGUUUGUGACGUAAACAGCAGAUUCGACGGUGGAGUUGCAACGCUUCUCACCCGCAGCUCAACAGACUUCAUACUCCUCCCCCCAGGCAUAGGUAGGAUGUAGCUUUUUUCAUUUAGAUGGACCUCUUCCACACAAUCAGCCAAACCAUAGACACCGUACUGACCUGCGAUUGGUACGAUAGCUUCAAAAAUUACAAGAUGAGCGACUCAAAUUCCGACGACAAGACUAUGGAUACAGCGCCUGGAGGCGAAACACCUCAAUACGAGUCAAUCAAGACAGAGACACUCCCAUCCUCUAAACAAAGAGGGCAAUUGGGCUCUGGUUCGAACACGUCCGAAGAAGCCUCCACCUCAGCAGAUCGUGGACAGCAGACUGCAGAAAAUAUCAGAUAUGGCCAGAACAUCUCAGAAUCUGGUAUGGGAGGCAAGACGACCACUUCGUCUGGAUCCGCAGGCCAAGAAGGUGGAUAUGGAGGUGUUCCAGAUCAGACCGGACACCAAGACGAUGCGCGUCCUAAGCAAGGAUACGGUCCAGGAUCAGAUCACGAAAACACAGAGGUUGGAGCGUAAGGGUGCAGCAGUCGGUUCGCAAGAGAUAUUGUAUCAAUACAACACCUCAGGGAGAAACGUGCACAGUCGUUGGUGGCUUGUCCAUGUCGGUAGCGACUGAUUGCGGAGGCACGUCCAUCAUUGGAGGCGCAACAGGUUGUCCAGGCACUUUGUCCUUUGGUUCCACCGGCCUCUUAGCCUCCUUCAGCGAUUCCAGCGUCACCCCGUUCCCCAGCUUCGUAAUACCAACUACAGGGGGAUCGCCUUUCUUGACAAACUCGUACAUGCCGGGCAGCUUGUUACCAGCCAACCUGAACGCAUCUCUUACCACCGCUUCGUGAAUGUCUCCCUUGAG